GGGACAUGAACAGUGUUUGCUGCCUGGUCCUGGUCGCUCUGAGCCUGUGGCCGGAGAGAGCUGCUGCCCCGGGGCCACCGCCUGGCCCCCCACGGGCCUCCCCAGACCCUCGGGCUGAGCUGGACAGCGCCGUGCUCCUGACCCGCUCGCUCCUGGCGGACACUCGGCAGCUUGCUGCACAGCUGAGAGACAAAUUUCCGGCCGACGGAGACCACAACCUGGACUCUCUUCCCACUUUGGCCAUGAGUGCAGGGGCGCUGGGGGCCCUACAGCUCCCCGGUGUGCUAACGCGGCUGCGGGCAGACCUGCUCUCCUACCUGCGGCACGUGCAGUGGCUGCGGCGGGCGGGCGGCGCUUCCCUGCGGACCCUGGAACCGGAGCUGGGCGCCCUGCAGGCCCGGCUGGACCGACUGCUGCGCCGGCUGCAGCUCCUGAUGUCCCGCCUGGCCUUACCCCAAGCGCCCCCAGACCCACCAGCUCCCCCGCUGGCCCCCCCAGCCUCAGCCUGGGGGGGCAUCAGGGCGGCUCAUGCCAUUCUUGGGGGCUUGCACCUGACCCUUGACUGGGCCGUGAGGGGCUUGCUGCUGCUGAAGACUCGGCUGUGACCGGCCAUACAGAA